UAUUGCUCAUGUUUAUUCAAUCGAGUGUGUGUCGAAUAUUAUUAUUAUUUUAUACUUGAAGGAAUUUUUUUGGGUAAAUUUUAUUUUCAUUCAAAUCAUCAUAAUCAUUCUAUGAUUCUAAUUAUCAAAGUGAAAUAAUAAGAAAGUAGAAAGUAAAGUAAAUAAAUAAUGGCCCAUUGGUCCGAUUAUUCAUUACGUGGUUGGCUUAGUUUUCUUGCUUUCAUGCAUAUUGGUCUAUGUUUACGAUCAUUUUUUGAUCCAAAUUUUUUAUUUGGAAAAAUUUUUCAUACAACAAUACAUAAAGAAAUGGUAUUCGUACAUUAUUUUGGCUGCUAUUCAAUCAUUCAGGCAUUUAUAUUGAUACAAUCGGCCAUACAUCUUUAUGUUUUACCAUUACAAACGAUAACAAUAUUUUUACUUAUCGUUUUCAUCACAUUGAUUAUGGUCGAAUCAUUCUAUUAUUGUACAUUAGAUUUAUAUGGUGCAACAUUAUUGCCUUUUAUGAUGAGCGUCAUAUCAUUAAUAUGGUUAAUUCUAUUUCAUUUUAUUUGGAAACCAUGGCUUCAUGUUGAGAUCAAUGAAGAUAUUGUUAAAUCUUGUUUAUUACAUCCUGGACAUCAUCAAGGUCAUCAUCAUAAUAAACGACAUAAAUCAAAUCAUCAUCAUCAUCAUCAUCAAUAUUCAGAUAGGAUGUCCAUAUCAUCAUCGUCAAUUACCAAUCAUCGAUAUGGAAAAAUUCAUUCAGAUUGA